UCUGCUUGGUUGGUUUAAAAAAAAUUAAGCUUGUCGUGCACUACCUGGGCUGGACUUAUAGCUAGCGCUGGUAAAGACUUGACAAAUCCAUAAAUAGGCCCAAUUAUUGUGGCCCAUUACGACCGCGGCCCUUUUUUUUUUGUUCCUGGCCCUCUUUGCCUACAUCCUUCCAGCUUCAUCCACUGACAAAACCCUUGGCUCGUUCCCCGCCCGCUCUCGCCUAAACCUCGCCUCCGCCCCCACAAGUCCUCAACCCCGGCCGAAAGGCGAACACCGAACCGGCGGCGGCGGCGGCGGCGGCGGCGUCUCGGUGGGUGGUGGCCAAUAGCCAUGGCGGAGCUGAAGCGGCUGUCGGAGAGCCGCGACCUGACGCGGAUCGAGCGCAUCGGCGCGCACUCCCACAUCCGGGGGCUAGGGCUGGACUCCUCCAUGGAGGCGCGCGACGCCUCCGAGGGCAUGGUCGGGCAGCUCCCGGCCCGUCGCGCCGCGGGCCUCAUCCUCCAGCUCAUCCGCCAGGGGAAGAUCGCCGGCCGCGCCGUGCUCAUCGCUGGCCAGCCCGGCACCGGCAAGACCGCGCUUGCCAUGGGCAUCGCCAAGUCGCUCGGCGCGGAGACGCCCUUCGCCUCCGUCGCCGCCUCGGAGCUCUUCUCCCUCGACCUAUCCAAGACGGAGGCGCUCACGCAGGCCUUCCGCCGCGCCAUCGGCGUCCGCAUCAAGGAGGAAGCGGAGAUUAUCGAGGGCGAGGUCGUCGAGAUCUCCAUUGACCGCCCCUUAGCAUCCUCUGGCGCUGGCAGCAGCUCCGCCGCGCCUUCGGGUGCUACUGCGGCCGGAAAAUCCGGGCGGCUCACGCUGAAGACCACGGACAUGGAGACUGUUUACGAGCUCGGGGGGAAGAUGAUUGAGGCUCUUGGAAAGGAGAAGGUGCAGAGUGGGGAUGUGAUUGCGCUUGACAAGGCCUCUGGGAAGGUCACCAAGCUUGGCCGCUCCAUUGGGAGGUCGCGGGAUUAUGAUGCUGUUGGCCCGCACACCAAGUUUGUCAAGUGUCCUGAUGGUGAGCUCCAGAAGCGCAAGGAGGUCGUGCACUGUGUCACCUUACAUGAGAUCGAUGUCAUCAAUAGCAGGACACAGGGUUUUCUUGCACUGUUCACUGGUGACACUGGUGAAAUUCGUGCGGAGGUUCGGGAGCAGAUUGACACAAAAGUUGCAGAGUGGAGAGAGGAAGGAAAGGCUGAAAUUGUGCCUGGUGUUCUUUUUAUCGAUGAAGUCCACAUGCUAGAUAUUGAGUGCUUCUCCUUCCUCAACCGAGCAUUGGAAAAUGAUAUGGCUCCAAUCCUAGUCAUUGCAACAAACCGAGGGAUCACAUCCAUCCGCGGGACAAACUACCGGUCACCGCACGGUAUCCCACCAGACUUCCUUGACCGGCUCCUAAUCAUCACGACGCAGCCCUACAAGGAGGAUGAGAUCCGGAAGAUCCUGGACAUCCGGUGCGACGAGGAGGAUGUGGAGAUGUCCGCGGAUGCCAAGGUCCUGCUCACCAAGAUCGGCAUUGAGACCUCCCUGAGGUACGCGAUCCACCUGAUCAAUGCCGCCGCGCUGGCCUGCCAGAAGCGCAAGGGGAAGGUGGUGGAGAUGGAUGACAUCAGCCGGGUGUACCAGCUGUUCCUGGACGUGAAGCGGUCGACGCAGUACCUGAUGGAGUACCAGAGCCAGUACAUGUUCAAUGAAGUGUCGGGGGAAGCAGAUGGAGAGGACGCGAUGCAGUCCUAGACUACCUUUGUAUUACAAGGUGGCUGGGAUGGUGUAUUGUGCUGCGUCGUGUAUUUGGGAUGCUUGUUGCUCGUUUAGGUUGCUGUUACCCUGACAAGGCGUGGUGUGUGCGAUGGACUCUGUGUUAGCUGCUGUAGGUGACUAUGCAAUUCAAUGUAUCUGAUCAAAUUCACCCCAGCUAAGUGCCGUGAUUUGUUUAAAUC